AUGUCAUCCACCUGGACGCUAGUUGUUUGCCUCACUCUCUCGUCCACCGCGAUCGCCCAGAAUGACGACUUCAACAACCCCACGUCCGUGCAGACUAUCGUAGGCGCCAUUGUUGCCAUCUCCCUUGCACUCGUUUGCGUUCUGGUGUUGAUGGCGGUCCUCCGACGGCGACGUCGGAGGAUAGCCAUGUCCCCACCAUCGGCGCGUGCCUUGGGGAUGCCGCAGCCCAAUCUGAACCGCGGUCCCUACCUCGCGUACCCGAUGCACUACAAGCCGCCUCAACAGACGGGGUCAGGGGAGCCGAGUCCGCCAGGUCCUCCACCGCAGUACACUCCUGGUCCUCCCCCGUAUUCCAAGCAACCUCCAGAGUAUGACGGAGAGGAGAACAGCGGGUACGGCCGUCCCACUCCGGUGGCCCUCUGGCACCAACACCCCCCGGGGGGUUCAUCCCACCCCAGGCUCCAAACAGGCCACCUUCGGCGCACAUCUCCCCUGCCCCUUCCUGGUGUGCCCGUCGCUGAUUGA